CAUUCCAUGCCCAUUCUUUGUUAUUAUCGUGUAAAUCAUGUAUUUCUUCUCAUUAUAAUUGUUAAGAAAUAAUUAAUUAAUUCUAAUCUAUUUUAGAACCCAAUAUUUGCUCCAAGUGCAGUCUUUCACUAUGGAUUUAACACAAAAUGAGUCUUCAAAUGAGGACCCCUUGUCGCACUGCCGCGCUUGCUUGUCCUCCGACGUUAGAUUGUUUAACAUGCAUCAAUAUAAACUUGACAACGCCUUCGCGAACAUCACAGGGAUUUCUGUUGACAAGGACCAACUCCAGCAGUACCUGUGCGUGUACUGCGGCACUCAGGUGCUUAAGAGUGCAUCCUUUAGAGACAUGUGCCUGCGCGCACACCAGAGUUUAACCUCAGAGCAGGCCAAGGAUAAGAUUAACAUAGAAGUCAUCCGCAAAAUAAAUUCUUCCAACCAAUUCCUGGACCUAACCUUAACUGAAAUCCAAAUCAUAGAAUGUAUAGAUAUAGCAUCAGCUGAAACAGCCAUAGAAAGUAUAGAUGUAAUACCAGCUGACACAGCCAUAGAAAGUAUAGAUGUAACACCAGCCAACACAGCCAUAGAAAGUAUAGAUGUAACACCGGCCAACGCAGCUAUAGAAUGUAUAGAUGUAACACCAGCCAACACAGCCAUAGGAAAUAUAGAUGUAACAUCAUCUGUAGAUAUACCGCCAACUGACACAACCAUAACAUGUAUAGAUACUACAGAUAUUGAUCUCCCACUAAAUGAUAUUGACCCAGAGGAUAUCAAUAUAACCCUUGAACCAAAUUUAGACUUUGCUGAUAUUGAGGAGAAGAAGAGGAGAAACAAUCAACCAAAAAAUGGAUACAAAAAUAAAAAGCCGGUUCUAAAUAUUAGCAACAAUAAAAAUCUUAAAACAAAUGUCAAAUCUGUUGGAAAGAAAAAUGAUGAAAAAAUUUCAUACGAAAUCCUAAAAGUAUUAAAUGCCAAUGAUAACCUUCAUAAACAAAGUGUAAAACUUGAUCAAACAGAUGGUAUUACUGAAAAAACAGAUUCAAAACCUUCAGUCAUGAGGAAAAGGAGAAUAGAAGAUUCAAAAACUAAUGAUGAAAAACUGAAACUUAAUAAAAAACGUAAAAUUCGAAAUCCGAAUGUAAAAUUUGUUGGAGUAGAUGGUAUUAUAAAGAAAAUUGAUUCUAAAGUUGAAUAUGAAAAUCAGAUGCAGGUUCUUAAUAUAAGUAAGGAUAAACUGAAAUAUAUUAAAAGUAGAAUGAGAACGAUUGGGGACAGUCUCAAGAAAAAGAUGAAAAUAGUAAUUGGGGAAAAUAAUGACGGUAGUCCAGGAGAUAUUAAGAUAAAUGUUGAAACUAAAACUAAUGUUGAAGUGAAUGGCGUUAGUAAUGUAGGUAUUAUUAGAAUGCCUAUAAAAAUGAGACAAGAAAAUUUAAGAAAGGAUGCACUUAAGAAGAUAGAUAUGAAAAUGAUGCUGAAAUCAAGGAAAAAGAUAGCUCGUUAUAAAAUAAGAAGGAAGCCGGAGAAUAAUUAUUUGCCGGUGUUUGAUUUUGCUAAAUUCGAGAGUGACUAUAAUGUGAAAAUUGUGACUUUGAGCAAGGAAGAGCAACUGGAGGAAAUCGCCUCGCGUAAGAAGUCCAAGAAGUACUCGUACCAGUGUGAGGCCUGCGGAAAAGGGUUUAAUAUGGAGUUGGCAUACAACAACCACAUCAUUAGACACAAUCCUGUAUGUAUCAUUAAUAUCAUUGACCGAAGCGAAGCGAAGGUCUACGUUUUGACUCGGGCAUUUUGCUUUCGUAUGUCCGGAUGUUCUCCUCUACAGGUCGCAAUUCUUAACCGAUUCUCGUGAAAUUUUGUGACCGAAUUUUAUGACUAAAUAAAAUUUUUUUGUCAAUCCGGUUUUUGGAAUUUUUUUAAAAUGGCGGAGUCGUGAUACCUGGCGCCUAAACAAAUAGUCGUAUCGAUAUCAUAAGCCUAUUUUCUUUUUGAAACAUGUUUACAGAGUUAAUAGCAAAAAAUGCAGAAAAAAAUUAUCGCUGGUGUAGGCGGUAUUU